AUGUUCCAUUUAUCAGUGCUGCUCCCAUUUGUAUUUCUCUUAUACAAAACUCAAGCUUACUAUAUCCCAGCUAGUGGCGGGGACUGGACAAAAUUAAAACCAUGCAGUGGUAAUUUACCAGGAAGCUAUGUAAAUUUACCUUUUGAAUUUGGUAUUAUUGUUAAUCAAUACCACGUAGAAAAUUCAGGAAACGAUUUUUUGUUAGAUGGACUCGAGAUUGGUUCUUACAAUGAAAAUUUGGAAACAACCACAAUCAUGACAAAUACAGUAAUUUCAACACCUAAAGCCAAGUUAACCAGAAAUAUUGCUUUUCAAAUCAACGAUGGACAAGUUUUGAAUAAAGCUCCUGGGCAAGAAUGCAGCAAGCAUUCUCUUAAUCACAGGUUUAGCUGCGAUGCUGGAGAUACUGGCGUGAUUAAUGACAAUCGCCAUAACGAGCAUAUAACAAGCAACAACAAGGAUAUACUUUUGAAAUUACCAAGCACUAAUGCAGUCAAUGAAGCUCAAGAACCUUUAUGUAACAAGGAAGUUCAAAGUGACAAUAAAAUAAAGAAAACCAACAAUAAAGAGAGAAAACAAGGUAACGGUCUUCUUAUGCAAUAUGGCCUAUAUAAAAAAGUUUAUAAAAAGGAAAGAGAAGAUGGCGAGGAAACACCAGAAGCUUGCAAAAAAGGUCACAGCAAAUUUAUCACACCUACAAAUUUGGUUGCGUGUUAUACAGAUUCAAGUUUGAGAAUGAAGUUGGAGGAUUCAAUAUUGAGAGAUUCAAAAGGUAGAAUAGGAUGUAUUGUUUCCAACCACCAAUUCCAGUUUGAUGGUCCAGUUCCUCAGCAUGGUGCAAUUUAUGCAGCUGGUUGGUCAGUCACCAUGGAUGGAAAAUUAGCUUUAGGUGAUUGUACAAAGUUUUACCAAUGUGCCACAGGAGAAUUCUACAAGUUGUACAAUCAACAAAUCGGACCUCAAUGUCAACCAGUCACGUUGGAAACUGUUGAAUUGAUCAAUUGCGGAGGUGAGUAG